GGAAAGACCAUUGAAGCUACUAAAGAGACUUUUGAUUCUCUUGUCACCAAGGCCGAUCACCCUGUCAUUGUUGACUUUUACGCCGAUUGGUGUGGUCCUUGUAAGAUGUUGGGUCCUUUGUUAACAAAGUCUGUUGCUGGUAAUCCUAAAGUUACUUUGGUCAAGAUCAACGUUGAUGAUAACCAAGAAAUCGCCUCUAAAUUCAAGAUUGCUGCUUUACCUACCGUUUCUGCUUUUAACAACGGAGAAGUUGUUGAUUCAUUUGUUGGUAUGCGUAGUGGACCCAUGGUUGAGCAAUUCGUUAAGAAGCAUGCUGACCUUGCUUAA